GCGUGAGUGUGUGAGAGGAACAGAGGGGGCAGGGAUGCUGAACAUUUCCACUGAAACCUCAGAAACAAAACCUGUGGAUUUCAUGAGCUCAGGACACAAAUUUACAAAAAAGAAAAGCCUGGCGAAAGGGAACUGAAGGGCAAUGUUGACAAAGUGAUGACGUAGAGCAGGAAAAUGUGAUGGUGUGAGAGUACAGUGCUGGAAACUUUCAUCAGACAAUUUGUGAAGCUGUGGAGGGAGGGAGGACGCACAUAAAAGAUAACCACACCAACUCGCUGUCUCUGUUCACUCGAUCGUCUGCCACAACAGGGGGAAAUAAUGGAUCUGUGCCUGACCCUUCAUGUGCUCCUACUUCUCUGUUCCCUCACCGCUGUGGUUUGGGCGUGUCCAGAUGGAUGCAAAUGUCAAGGAACCAAGAUCCUCUGCAGUGGCCUCUCAGACUUCCCCACAGCUGUGCCCUCAUCUACUACCGCCCUUUACUUCUCCAAUUGCAGUAUACACUUUCUAAAACCAGAGGACCUGACUAAUUUCUCUAAUGCCCUGGGAAUCUUUGUGAUUAAAGACACUGUUUUGAGAGAAGUGCGUCUUGGCACAUUUGAUUCCACUACAAAUAUAGGUGCCUUAGGGCUUACAGGCAAUGAACUGCAAGAUCUCCCUGAGACUUUGUUUCAAAAUCUUCAGAAGCUGGAGUCUCUGAAUCUGAAGAGCAACAAACUCCUGGUGCUCCGCCCUAAUUGGUUUUCCGGGUUGAAAGAUCUGAAACUUCUUGACCUCAGCAUGAACCUUUUCACUUUUGUACCUGUGGAAACUUUUCACCCUGUUGUUGAGCUUCAGUACCUUUUUCUUUCUGCAAACAAUAUCAGUCAACUAUCUAAAGAGACAUUCAAGGGUCUCUCUAAGCUGAAAAUCUUACGGCUUAACAAAAACUCACUACAGGAACUCCCCAUUGGCAGUUUUGAUGACCUUGUAAACCUGGAGGAACUGUCCCUUCAUGACAAUCGAAUCAUUCAUCUCCACCAUGACCUGUUCUCCAAAACUGUGAAACUCCAGAAGUUGUUCCUUUCCAACAACAGGAUAACAUCUCUUCCACAAGGGCUCUUCUUAAACCUCCCCCUCCUUUCCCAACUCUCUCUGUAUAAAAACCAGCUGGAUACUCUGGAACCAGGGCUGUUUGGGCCCAUGGCUCUGCAGGACUUGUGGCUGUAUGACAAUAGACUGACCCGUGUUGAGGAUGAUACAUUCAAGAACCUUACUCAGCUGCGUCUCUUGGUGCUCAGUCGCAACCAGAUCAGCUAUGUAUCACCCAUGGCAUUUAGAGGGUUAGUGCAGCUGGGAGAGGUAUCACUUCACACCAAUCUACUCACAACGCUACAAGCUGGGACUUUCCAAGGUCUGCCCAAUCUGGUCAACAUUUCCUUGGAGCACAACUCCAUCAGCUCCCUCCCUUUGGGUUUUCUCCAGGGCGUGAGCCACCUGGGACAGAUAGACCUGCGAAAUAACUCUCUUCCCAACCUGUCACAGAAGAGUCUAGAUGCCCUCACUGUAGCAACAGAAGUACUCCUGCAGCAGAACCCCUGGAGAUGUGAUAAAGACAUUCUGCCACUUAGAGAGUGGUUGCGACAGCACCCAUCUAAGGCUAAUCAAACUCUUUUGGUCUGUGAAACACCCUUCAGUCUGAAUGGUGAGGUAAUUGCUCUGCUGACAGAUGAGAACUUGAUUCCUCUCAGCUCUACCAAGGAGCCUGUAUUGACCUCAACGGAGAAGAGGAGAAAACCCAAUACUCCUUCAACCAGACAAAGCACUUCCUCACCUGCUGUCAAGACCACCUCCACCUCAGAGUAUGAGGAAGUCACCAGUGGUGGACAAAGGGAGAAGGAAAUGUUUUCUCAUGACACUUCGAUCAUUCUCAUCAUCAUUGCAGUGGUGUCCACUGUCUUCAUCAGCACUGUCAUCAUAUGCUGUAUUUGCUGGAGGAGGAAAAAGAGAGGCAGAGGAAACAUAGGCCACAGAAAUAAGAAUUCCGUGCUGUAGACUAGAUCACCAACAUCCCAGUAACCCAAGAACUUUUAAAGUUAAGGGAAAAUGCUCAAUAAUUACUAUGGCUUACCUGGAAAAUGUGGAGACUAGAGUUGUGAGCAUCAACGGCAACAGAAAUAAUCAUUUCAGCUCCAUUAGAACAGACAACUUUUUAGUUCAUUAGAUAUAAAUUUUUAAUGAUGAAAUUUACCAGCCAACAUUGCUUACAUAUAUGCUGUAAAAAGAGAAUAGACCUUGUAUGUACUAACUGUAAAAGCACCCACUUGGCCAUUUUGAGGGAAAUCAGGGUUUGGUGAAUGUAACCUAUGUAACUAAAACACAUUUCUUAUUGUGCAAUCAAGACUGCUCUGUAUUUUCUUUAAACUAUUUUCUGUUUUCAUCACUAAUAAUUGGAGUUUGACAAUGGCUUUUGUGCUAACAACAAUACAUUUAGGAGACUAUUGUACUUUUUUGCAAAAUGGUGAUUAAAAAAACAACUUUGAUUCCACUGUAACAGAAUUCAUCUCAUGGUUUCCACACUUACAAUGCAAAAUGCUAUACAUUCAAUAAAUGCUCUACUUUUCAUGGGAGCAAUCUUA